AUGGCUCUGGAUUACUUAUGCAGUGUAAUCCAAAACCUGAAGGUGUCGCUGGCCACUGAGCACCUCAGUGUGAGUCCUUGGCCAUCCUACAACCCCCUGGGGUUAGCCCCACUACCAAGGACCAGGAGCCCAGCCUCGGAGCGUCCAGCAGAGGGCGCCGACCCACGCCCCGCUGCGCGCCGGGCAGGCCCCCUCGCGCAGGCGCGCCGCAGCGGGCGGAGGAUCCGGGCCGCGCUUCCUCUCACCAGGCCUGCAAGCUUCCUCCCAUCGGAGCCCGGGCGAACUGAGGUUGGCCGCCGCCGCCGAGCCUGCUGCCUUCCUUGCGCUCCCGCGCCACCCCGCGCCCUGCCCCGGGGGGUCCCACCGGGGUGGGGUUCGAGCAGGGCCAACCCCGGCCGCGCCGCCGUCGGGGCCGUCCCCGGGCCAGCCGUCCCUCCCGCCUGGCCAGCCUCUGGCCGCCCAGCCUCCGGGGUGUGGGGCUCGGGCAAGCCCCGCCGGCCGCGAUCGAACGCCCGGGGCGGCCCCCGGCGGCCGGCGCGACGUCCCCAAACCGAACCUCCGUGGCUGCGUUCGGAAGCGGAACUCUGCCGGGGCCGCGCCGGCUACAUUGUUUCCUCCCCCCGGACUCCCUCCCGCCCCCUUCCCCCGCCUUUCUUCCCUCCCCGCCUGGGGCUGCGCGGCAGUCCCCCUGCCUGUCUGGCCGGCCUUCCUCCCUCUCUUUUCGCAUCCAUACACCUCUUUGUACCGCACCCCCUGGGGACCCUCGCGCCCCUCCCCUCCCCCUUGGCCGCAUGGACCGUCCUGCAGGCCACUGAUGCCGCCCGCGGUGAGGAGGCCUGGACCGCAGUGCCCCCAGAGAGGUGA